GCCAAAGCCAGACUCGACUCUCGAGCCUCAAUCAAGGGCGCGGAUCAAUGCGGUGCAAGCUCUUCUUCUCCGCACCUAAUACCCGCUCCUGAUCCUCAUCACUCUCUUGGUGACCCUCUGACCCUCGAUCAAAUAUUGCCCACCAUUUCUGCUUCCAAUCAUUCCUCAGCGACAUUCUUUUUCACCCUUUCCUCGCUGCCAGCUUCUUGUUCUUCUAAACUGCCUUUCUUCGCUACUCGCGAAGCUACAACAAGUGAGACUGGAAUUACAUCAAUCCCCUCAAGCACAGAACAACUUUGGUUGCAAGCCCACCACCCUCACGACCCUCUGUCUGGAUACCCUCUCAAACCCCUAAUAAACGUCCUCGGACACAAAAUACACUCAAGAUGCGCCCCGAAGUCGAGCAGGAGCUCGCCCAUACGCUCCUCAUCGAGCUGCUGGCAUAUCAAUUCGCCUCGCCCGUGAGGUGGAUCGAGACACAAGAUGUCAUUCUCGCAGAAAAGACGACGGAGCGGAUUGUCGAAAUCGGCCCUGCGGAUACACUUGGGGUCAUGGCCAAGAGAACUCUGGCCUCCAAGUACGAAGCUUACGAUGCUGCAAAAUCGGUUCAAAGACAAAUUCUCUGCUACAACAAGGAUGCAAAGGAGAUCUACUACGAUGUGGAUCCCGUUGAAGACGAACCUGAGCCCUCAGCUGCUGGCCCAAGUACCUCUGCACCAGCUUCCGCACCAUCCUCGACUUCAGCACCAGUAGCGGCCGCCCCUCCUCCACCCAGCGCUGGACCUGCAGCACAGCUUCCAGAUGCCCCAGUCGGCGCAGUAGAUAUUGUGCGAGCACUCAUCGCUCAAAAACUCAAGAAGCCCCUCUUGGAGAUCCCUCUGAGCAAAGCAAUCAAGGAUCUUGUCGGUGGCAAAUCUACCCUCCAGAACGAAAUAUUAGGAGAUUUGGGCAAGGAAUUUGGUUCCACACCCGAGAAACCAGAAGAUACCCCCCUCGAUGAGCUAGGAGCAUCGAUGCAGGCCACGUUCAAUGGCCAACUUGGAAAGCAAUCCUCCUCUCUCGUCGCAAGAUUAAUCUCCUCGAAAAUGCCAGGAGGCUUCAACAUUACAGCAGCGCGAAAAUACCUUGAGACUAGAUGGGGCCUGGCUUCAGGGAGACAAGACGGAGUUUUGUUGUUGGCUUUGACCAUGGAGCCAGCAGCACGUCUUGGUUCAGAAAAUGAUGCCAAGGCAUAUCUCGACGACGUUUCCCAGAAAUAUGCCACGAAUGUUGGCAUCAGUCUAUCUGCACCAGUCGCCGGUGGUGAUGGAGGUGCUGGAGGAGGAGGGAUGAUGAUGGAUCCGGCCGCCAUUGAUGCUUUGACCAAGGAUCAAAGGGCCCUUUUCAAGCAGCAGUUGGAGCUCUUCGCAAGGUAUUUGAAGAUGGACCUUCGCGCUGGCGACAAAGCCUUCAUUGGAUCGCAAGAGUCAUCAAAAGCCCUGCAAGCGCAAUUAGAUCUUUGGAACGUAGAACAUGGAGAAGUUUACGCUGCUGGUAUCGAGCCGAGUUUCAGCGCACUCAAGGCUCGAGUCUACGAUUCGUCCUGGAAUUGGGCUCGCCAAGAUGCUUUGACAAUGUACUACGACAUCAUUUUCGGCCGUUUGAAGGCUGUUGAUCGAGAAAUUGUAAGCCAGUGUAUUCGAAUCAUGAAUCGAUCGAAUCCUACACUCCUCGACUUCAUGCAGUACCAUAUCGACAACUGCCCAACUGAGCGAGGUGAGACCUAUGCUCUCGCCAAGGAGCUCGGUCAACAGCUCAUCGAGAACUGCAAAGAAGUCUUGGGGACAGCGCCUGCCUACAAGGAUGUUUCGAUACCAACCGGACCUCAUACCAGCAUCGAUGCACGCGGAAACUUGGACUAUGCUGAAGUUCCAAGAACUAGCGUCCGAAAACUCGAGCAUUAUGUUCGGGAAAUGGCUGAUGGCGGCAAGAUUUCUGAAUACGGCAACCGCACGAAGGUCCAGAAUGACCUGAGCCGCAUCUACAAACUCAUUAAGCAACAACAUAAGCUUUCGAAGUCUUCUCAACUGCAGAUCAAGGCACUCUAUGGCGAUGUCAUCCGAUCACUCGCAAUGAGCGAAGGCCAGAUCAUUCCAAAGGAGAACGGUAAUGGAAAGCUUAACGGCGCUGCCAAGAAGAGUGCCGUUCGCACCGGACCUGUGAAGACUGGCAAGGUCGAGACGAUCCCUUUCUUGCACUUGAAGAGAAAGGAUGAGCACGGUUGGGAAUACAGCAAAAAGCUCACUGGUAUCUACCUCGAUGGUCUAGAGCAGGCUGCCAAAUCCGGCGUCACGUUCCAGGGCAAGAAUGCUUUGAUGACCGGUGCGGGUGCUGGCUCAAUUGGCGCGGAAGUUCUUCAAGGCCUGAUCAGUGGUGGUGCAAAGGUGGUUGUUACCACCAGCCGUUUCUCACGCGAGGUUACCGAGUACUACCAAUCAAUGUACUCUCGCUACGGUUCUCGAGGCUCUCAACUCAUUGUCGUUCCCUUCAAUCAAGGUAGUAAACAGGAUGUUGAGGCUUUGAUCAACUAUAUCUACGAUCCCAAGAAGGGUCUUGGGUGGGAUCUUGACUUCGUUGUCCCUUUUGCUGCUAUCCCUGAAAAUGGUCGCGAGAUCGACAGCAUAGAUUCUAAAUCCGAACUUGCUCAUCGCAUCAUGUUGACCAACCUUCUGCGUCUCCUUGGUUGCAUCAAAACACAAAAGGCUGAACGAGGCUUCGAAACUCGACCUGCACAAGUCGUUCUACCUCUGUCGCCCAAUCACGGUACUUUCGGAAAUGACGGUCUCUAUUCCGAGUCCAAGCUGGCUCUCGAGACCUUGUUCAAUCGAUGGCACUCAGAAAGCUGGGGCAAUUUCCUCACUAUCUGCGGUGCUGUCAUUGGUUGGACUCGUGGUACUGGUCUCAUGUCUGGCAAUAACAUUGUUGCUGAAGGUGUCGAGGCUUAUGGUGUGCGUACAUUCUCUCAGACAGAGAUGGCUUUCAACUUGCUUGGGCUCAUGUCACCAACCAUCGUCGACCUUUGCCAAUCCGAGCCUGUGUUUGCCGAUCUUAACGGUGGACUUCAAUUCAUCCCAGACCUCAACAAUUUGAUGUGGAAGCUCAGAAAGGACAUCAUGGAGACCAGUGAGGUCAGACAGGCCGUCACGAAGGAGACCGCAAUUGAGAACAAGAUUGUCAAUGGUGAGGAUAGCGAGGCACUCUACAAGAAGGUCACAAUCGAGCCUCGUGCCAACAUCAAGUUCGAGUUCCCUCCGCUUCCAAACUGGAAGAAAGAGGUCGAGCCUCUCAACGAAAACCUCAAGGGUAUGGUUGAUCUCGAGAAGGUGGUCGUCGUGACCGGUUUCGCUGAAGUUGGGCCUUGGGGUAACUCUCGUACUCGAUGGGAAAUGGAAGCAUACGGCAAGUUCUCACUUGAGGGUUGUGUCGAGAUGGCCUGGAUCAUGGGUCUCAUCAAGAAUCACAAUGGACCUAUCAAGGGGAAGCAAUACGCCGGUUGGGUGGAUGCCAAAUCCGGAGAACCUGUCGAUGACAAGGACAUCAAAGCCAAGUAUGAAAAGCACGUUCUUGAGCACUCUGGUAUUCGUCUCAUCGAGCCUGAGCUCUUCAAGGGCUACGACCCCAACAAGAAGCAGAUGCUUCAAGAGGUCGUGAUCGAAGAAGAUCUCGAGCCAUUCGAGACCUCAAAAGAGACCGCCGAGGAGUUCAGACGCGAGCAUGGCGACAAAGCAGAGAUCUUCGAGAUUCCAGAAUCCGGCGAAUACAUUGUGAGAAUGAAGAAGGGAGCCACACUUAUGAUCCCCAAAGCACUUCGAUUCGAUCGUCUCGUUGCCGGACAAAUUCCAACUGGUUGGAAUGCUAAGCACUACGGUAUUCCUGACGAUAUUAUCUCGCAAGUGGAUCCAGUCACACUGUUCGUUCUUGUCUGCACUGUUGAAUCAUUAUUGGCGUCUGGUAUCACAGAUCCAUAUGAGUUUUACAAGUAUGUCCACAUCUCCGAAGUCGGUAACUGCAUUGGUUCCGGUAUUGGCGGUACUUCGGCUUUGAGAGGCAUGUACAAGGAUCGCUUCUUGGAUAAGCCUCUUCAGAAGGAUAUUCUCCAAGAGUCCUUCAUCAACACCAUGAGCGCUUGGGUUAACAUGCUACUUCUCUCGUCGACUGGUCCAAUCAAGACUCCUGUUGGUGCCUGCGCAACUGCAGUUGAGUCCGCUGACAUUGGCUAUGAAACCAUUAUGGAGGGCAAGGCUCGUGUCUGCUUUAUUGGUGGUUUCGACGACUUCCAAGAAGAAGGGUCAUACGAAUUUGCCAACAUGAAGGCAACCAGCAACGCUGUCGAUGAGUUUGCCCACGGGCGCACGCCUAAGGAAAUGUCACGACCGACUACCACAACCAGAAGUGGGUUUAUGGAGUCGCAAGGGUGUGGUAUUCAAGUCAUUAUGACUGCCAGACUUGCUCUUGAUAUGGGCGUUCCCAUCUACGGUAUCCUCGGUUUGACGUCGACUGCUACCGAUAAGAUUGGCCGAUCCGUACCCGCACCUGGUCAAGGUGUUCUCACGACUGCUCGUGAGAAUGCUGGCAAGUUCCCAUCGCCUCUUCUCGACAUCAAGUACCGUCGCCGACAAAUUGAACUCCGAAAGAAGAACAUCAAGCAAUGGCAAGAGUCAGAGCUGGAGUAUCUUCACGAAGAGAUUGCCGCCAUGAAGGCUCAGGGCCAACAAUUCAACGAAUCAGAGUAUGCUCAAGAUCGUGCCAUGCACAUUGAGCGUGAGGCUGCACGCCAAGAGAGUGAUGCUCUGAAUAGCCUAGGCAACAACUUCUGGAAGAAAGAUUCAACUAUUGCACCUCUUCGUGGAGCUCUUGCCACUUGGGGCCUUACAAUCGAUGACCUUGAUGUUGCGUCGUUCCACGGCACUUCUACAGUGGCCAACGACAAGAAUGAGUCUUCCGUCGUUUGCCAACAACUAAAACAUCUCGGCCGAAAGAAGGGUAACGCUGUUAUGGGUAUCUUCCAGAAAUACCUUACAGGUCAUCCAAAGGGUGCUGCGGGUGCCUGGAUGAUGAACGGCUGCUUGCAAGUCCUCAACACUGGCUUGGUGCCGGGCAACAGAAAUGCCGACAAUGUCGAUCAAGUCAUGGAGCAAUUCGACUACAUUGUGUACCCAAGUCGAAGCAUCCAAACCGACGGCGUCAAAGCUUUCUCUGUUACGUCGUUCGGUUUCGGUCAAAAGGGUACUCAGGCAAUUGGUAUUCACCCCAAGUACCUCUUUGCCACUCUUGAUGAAGCUACCUAUGCUUCUUACUGCGCCAAGGUUGAGUCACGACAAAAGAAGGCAUACAGAUAUUUCCAUAAUGGAUUGAUCACAAACACCUUGUUCGUCGCAAAGACUCACGCACCGUACUCUGACGAGCAGCAAGGAGCAGUCUUCCUCAACCCAGAUGCUCGUGUCUCCAUCGACAAGAAGUCUUCAGCUCUUACCUAUGCCCCCAACUUCUCAAAGAAAGCCAGCAAUAAGGAGAAGACCGAUAGCACCAAGCAAAUGGUGGAGUCCUUGGCCAAGGGGGCUGCCACAGCCAACAACAAGGUCGGAGUUGAUGUUGAGGACAUCUCUGCCAUCAACAUUGAAAACGACACCUUCUUGGAACGCAACUUCACCGACAAAGAACGGGCGUACUGCCUCAAGGCACCACAUCCGCAUGCUUCCUUUGCUGGGAAGUGGAGUGCUAAGGAAGCUGUGUUCAAGUCACUUGGUGUGGGAAGUAAGGGAGCCGGUGCACCAUUGAAGGAGAUUGAAAUCACCAACAACGAGAAGGGUGCACCAAUUGUCACUCUCCACGGUGAAGCCGCAGCAACAGCAAAGAAAGCCGGCGUAAAGGAAAUCAGUAUUUCGAUCUCACAUUCCGAUUCCCAGGCUAUUGCUAUCGCUGUUUCUACUUUUUAGACUUCUUGUCUUCUUGUACAAUGACGGGGGUUUGCAUUACCUUGCACCGCCCCGAUGGGGAUAUACCGGCGCUUCUCGCAUGAAGAUUCUUGUUUGUGAUUUGUUAAUGGAAAGAUUAGAAGGUGCUUAUUUAUGUUUGUACGAAUGUUACAGAGACUGAAUAAGCGUGAAAGUCUGUUGCUCCUCGAGUCGAGGCAAAGUAAAUAGGUGAAAAUGGCAUUUGUUAGACUAGAUCAUUCUGUUCCAUUCCCAUCUUAAGUCUUCACCUUUCCCCUCUGACAAACCUCACCAAGAAAUGGAGGGGUCACGGGGCGUUGUUGUAUUUCUAUGCACAGCAUGAUUGUAUUGGACAACCCAGCUUAAAAUAGUGACCGAUAUCAAUGAGACCUCUGAGAUAAUUCAAAGCGCA